AUGAAAAAUAAGAGAAGAGGGCUAAAAGAGCAACCAAGAAAGAAGCCUUUAGAUAUUGAAAAGAAAAUAAGGAAUCCUUAUAAAUAUGAAGAACAAAUGCAUUUUGAUAAUUUAUGUAAAGGUGAAUUAUAUUUACCUGAAUCGUGUAAAGGUAAAAAGCUAGCUAUGUUAUGUAAUCGUUUAUAUUAUUUUAAUAUAAAUGAUGAAGAAUUAUUAGAACGAUAUGCUGAAAGAGCAAGUGUAAUAGCUAAUAGUAUGAGUACAAAAGAAAUGUCGUUAAUAUUAAAUACUAUGAGGAAAUUUAAUUAUCGAAAUGAAAAAUUAUUGGAAACAUUUUCUAAACAUAUACCAAGUAAAUUACAUAAAGGGGUACCACAGGAUAUCUCCUUAAUAUUAAAUGCAUAUUCUCAUUUUAAUUAUAAAGAUAAAAAUUUAAUCAAUAGAAUAUGUGAAGAAAUACCACAUAAAAUUCCACAUUUCCAACCAAGUCAUAUAUCUAGUGUAAUAAGUGCUUUUUAUAAACUACAAAUAAGAGACCAAAUAAUUAUUGAUGAUAUGAUAGAUGAAAUAAUAGAAAGGAUUGAUGAAUUUGAUACCAAAUCCUUAACAAAUAUAAUAAAUUCAUUUUCUAAAUUAAAUUAUAAAAAUGAUAAUAAAUAUAUUUUAUGGAAAAAAUGUAUCCAAGCCGUAAAAAAAUUGGACAAAGAGUUUAAUUUCUUAGAGAUUGUUUUAAUAACUAAUGCAUUGUGUAAAGAACAUAUUGUAAAAAUAAAAAAUAAAAAUAAUGCAUAUAUACAUGACAAUAAUGAUAAUAAUAAUAUAUAUACACAUUUAUGUGAAGUUAUAAAAUAUAAGAUAUAUGAAGAAAAGUGCCUGAAUGUUCAUACCAAUUCAUUUUUGUUAUGUACUGUUGCACAUUCUUUAUCUAAAGUUAAAUAUUAUGAUAAAGAUUUAUUUCAUUUUAUUAUUGAAUAUUUUUCUGAUGAAAAUAAUUAUAUUUCUUUAGAUAACCAACAUUUCUCACAAUUAAUAUAUUCUUCUUAUAUUUUCAAUAUUGAUAAACCAGAAUUUAUAAAUAUGUUUAUUAAAGUAAUAUCCAAUCGAAUAGAAAAUAAACAACUAAAUGAACAGGCAUUAUCAACAAUUUGUUAUUCAUUAGCUAAAUUAAAAAUUAGGAAUAUACCAUUCUUUAUACUUUUAUCAUCUUAUAUUAUUAAACAAAAAAUACAAUUAUCUACACAAAGUUUAAGUCUUAUUUGUUAUAGCUAUUCUAAAUUACUUAUAAAAUCAGAAAUGUUAUUUUAUAUAUUGUCAAUACAAAUUUUUCAACAUAUGAAUAUGUUUACAAAACAAGGGUUAUCCAUCAUAUUAAGUUCUUAUGCUAAUUUAAAAAUAUUUAAUGUUAAAAUGUUUUCUCUUAUUAAUAAAUAUAUGAAUCUUUAUCUACCAAAUUUUACAAAAAAUGAAUGUUUAUUAAUUUGUUCACAUUAUGAACAUGCUCUAAAAAAUUUAAAUGAUUCAGUUAACAAAAAUAAUGAUGAUACAAAAAUGUUGGUAAAUAAAACAUCCAAGACUAAAAAGGAAUUAAAUGAUUUUGUUGAAUCAUUAAAAGAAAAAAUUUCUAAACUAGAAGAUGAUGAGAAGAUAAAGAAUCAUGAUAAUAAAAAUAAAAUUAUUAAUAAUGAAGAAAAAGAUGUUGAUAUUUUUGAUGAUGAAAAUAUUUUUUCAAUAUUUAAACAAAACGAUAUUUUAAAUGAUCACCAUGAAGAUAAUAAUAAUACUAGUAAUAGUGAAAUUUUUAAUAUACCAAAUUCAAAUAAUACAUUACAUACUUCUGAUGGAUAUAUAAUAAAUGAAGAUAUAAAGAAAAAAGAAGAUACUUUAAAAUUGUAUCAAAAAAUAUUUCUUGAUCAUAAAAAUGUAAAUAGUAAUAUAUUACAAAAUGUAUCACUAAACAACGAAAUAUUUAGUCAACAACUUUCAUCAUUAAUAGACAAACAAAAUGAAACCAAUCAAAAAAUGAAUAACUAUCAAGUGUUUGAAAAUUAUCCAAAAGAUGAAAUAAAUGAACAAACAGAAAACACAUCAAAUAUAUCACAUACAUCAGACAUUUCAAAUAACACACAAUUAUCAGAUCAUUUAAUACAUUCAUCAAAUCAGAUUUAUAAUAAUAACCAGAAAACCAAAAGCUUGAUAGAUCUCAUGACUUCAAACAAACCCCCAAUCAUAAAUUCUGAAAAAGAAAAUUUAAUAAAAUCAGCUGAACAAAUGGAGACAGAAUUUAUAAGAGAUUAUAUAAAUCAACAACAAGAUUCUCAUCAUAAUAGUACAAUGGGAAGAAAUCAUGAAAAAAGGAAACACAAAAAAAAUAAAAUAAAAAACUUAUUGUCAAAAAAUAAUCAAACUGUAAAUGAUCUUAAUGAUCUAAAGAAAAAAUGGAAUGAAAUUUAUAAAAAAUAA